AUGGGCAACUGCCACUCUUCUCACGAUAACCAGCAUGCGGUUCCUGCCCAGCGCAGAUCCGUUGGCUCCAAAUCCCUGCACUCCCACGUGCAGUCCGUGGGAUCGCCCAAUCAGCCCUACCAGGCGCAGAACACCCAUCAGCCAAGUCAGGACUCUGGUGCAGACGUCUGGUCACCACCACCCUACUCCAGUACAGCGGCUACCACGACCCCUGUGGCACCAGUGAACACAUCCCGCUCGACAGACAUCGUCCCCAAUGACACCGCAUAUGCUUUCCUCAGCACUUUCGAUACCGUAUUUCUCGUCGAUGACAGCACUAGCAUGCGCGGCAAACGCUGGCACGAAGCCGAAAACGCCAUCGCCGCCAUCGCACCCAUCUGCACUCACUGGGACGCCGACGGAAUAGACAUCUACUUCCUCAACCACCGCAACCAGUCUCGCUUCGGAUCCGGAGGUGGCAACGCAGGUGGUUACAAGAACGUCACCGACGCCUCGGGUGUCCGCGAGAUUUUCAAAUCGGUCUCUCCCAGCGGCGCGACACCUGUCGGAACACGCCUGCAUCAGAUCCUCAACCCCUACCUGCGUGAUCUGAAGAGCCUUACCGCCCAGGGCCGCGAGUCGGAGCUCAAGCCUCUCAACAUCAUAGUCAUAACUGACGGGGAGUUCACGGAUGACGCAGAGACCGUGAUAGUCAACACAGCUAAACAGUUGGAUCACCCUAAUGUGCAGGCUGUGCCGUGGCAGGUGGGCAUCCAGUUCUUCCAGGUUGGUGACGAUGAGCACGCGCGGAAGUAUCUAGAGGCAUUGGAUGAUGAGCUUGUUAAGAGACGAAGUUUGGACGGCAUAAGGGACAUCGUUGAUACGGUGCCUUGGAAGGGGGAUAGGGGAAAUGUGUUGAACGCGGAGGGAAUUUUGAAGUGUGUUUUGGGUGCAGUGAACAAGAAGUAUGACAAGGCAAAGGCUUCACAUUGA